AUGCGUUAUUCAUCCCUUUUGUCCGCAUUGGCGGCCACAACCUGCGCAAUUGCAGCCUCGGUGCAAACCGUGCCGGACGAACUAGCUACGGUUGGAGACCCGUCGGAGAUUCUGAGUGUCUCGUAUGCUGUUGGGUCCACGGCCGUGAAAGUCACCCCCGGCGUGAACCUGAACUCCUCCGUCACACACAAUGCGCCCACCGUGCAUCUGAACGAGACCACCCUCAGCGGCAGCGGACCCUACCUCUUCAUGAUGGUCGACCCGGACAUCAACAAGACCAACCCGCUGUACGUGGGCAUGCACACGAUGGUCGUCAACCUGACCACGAGCGGCAACACGAGCACCGAGGACGCGAUCUGCACGUACUUCUACCCGGAGCCCACGGCGGGGGCGGCGCACAAUUACACUUUCUUGCUGUUCGAGCAGCCCGCCAACUUCACCGUGGCCAAGCAGUUUUCGCCCUACCUGGCGACUACAUCGCAGACCCCCUACAACCGGGUCAACUUCCCGCUGGUACAGUUCAUCAAGGAGGCGGCUUUGGGGGCGCCCGUCGCGGCCAAUUACUUCCGGGAGGCUGCAGAGAGUAACUCGACUGCGACGAGCUCGGGUGCCAGCACCACGACCACUGCCAACAGCACGGCCACGGGGAGCGCAGCGACCAGCAGCAGCACCCAGGAGGGGGCGGCUACCAAGGUGGGUCAGAGUGGUUCUUAUCUGAUGAGUGUGGUGGUGGUGGUGGGUGCGUUGAUGGUGGCAGUAUGA